CGAUUAUGAACUCCCAAGAUGCUCUCCCCCUGGCUGUAACCUUUCCGCUUCCAUUCCGCGUCCUCUUCCUUGUUGGUCUCGGUAUCCUCGGCUGGGCAACCAACCUACACGGCCUCCAACGCCAGCGCAUUGACGCACCCAACGUGCUAGAGCUCUCAGGAAGCCCGUAUAUUCCCCUACGCACAUCUGCACCGCACUCCCCCACCCUCAACUCCACGUUCUACUCGCCCAUAUACCGUCUGUUCGUUAAGUACUCGGCAUGGUGCUUCUUCACAUGGGUCAUGUACAGGCUUGCGACGCGUUCUAACGUGUAUCUGGUCGAUGUGUUCUCGUAUAUCCCUGCUAUAUGCGCUCUGGUUGUGCUCACAGUGCUCAUAUGUCCUUACGAUGUGCUCCAAAAGCGCGAACGCGAUGCCUUCCUGUCAGCGAUCAGACGGUGCAUACUCCCAGACGCAGACAAAGGGAUAUACUUCGCGGAUGUCGUGUUCGCGGAUGUGCUCACAUCAUACGCCAAAGUUCUGGGUGACGUCUGGCUGUCAAUAUGCAUGCUAUUUCCGGGAGAAAGCAUGCUACUUGUCCCAUCGCAAGAGGGGUGGAAGCAUUGGAUGCUUCCGUGUCUUAUGAGCCUACCAUAUUUUAUCCGGCUGCGCCAAUGUCUAAUUGAAUAUCUUGCUUCCAAUAAAACGAAUAAACGUCCUCUCUGGAACGCCUUGAAAUACGCAUCUUCGUUUCCAGUUAUCUUUCUGUCUGCAGCCCAACGGAUUGUUGCUGCAGACAUCGCGGCUCAAGGAGAUGAGCUUGCAGAAGAGGCAUGGCAUGGUCAACACCCUCUAUUCAGACUCUGGCUCUUGGCUGCUGCUGUAAAUUCCUUGUACUCCUUCUGGUGGGACGUGACGAACGAUUGGGGCCUCGACCUCUUGAAGAUGCAAGUCACCAAUCCACGAAGCCGUGCGCCUCGACCAUUGGUCUUGCCAACUUUACACUCGAAAUCAUCCUCGAUCAGCCGGGGAGGGCCCCUGUCGCCUACCUUGGACGAUGCGCCCGGCAGCCCAGAGUCGACUCAGUCCUUCCAAUCUUUACAGGAAUUCCAGAAUGGAUCGUCCCGCCCUUAUCCAUACGGCCUACGAUCUGUGUUGUUGUACUCCUUACCCGUUUACCCCCUCAUGAUCUUCUUUGAUCUCGUCCUACGGCUUACGUGGUCUGUCAAGCUUUCAAGCCACCUGCACUCAGAAUCCGAAGGAAGUGGGGUCAUCUUUUUGGUUGAAGUAGCGGAGAUUGUGCGUCGAUGGAUGUGGGUAUUCCUGCGCGUCGAAUGGGAGGUCGUGAAGAAGACAGCGUGAAUUCUUUGAUCCGCUCGCGAAGCGCGAGGCACAGAAUAUCGCCGCGAGUGUUACUUCUUCAACACUAGAGAUUCUGGCCGGCCGGAAGCGACGAAAACACUACGAUAGCUGCCUACUUACAAUUAGUGUUUGUCAUGGACAAUCAUAUAG